CUCUCACUCUCUCCCCCGCCGCCCCCCCCCCCCCCCCGGCACCGCGGCGCUCUCUCUCUCUCUCUACACAAUGGCUCUCUUCACUUCUAUCUCCUCCUCAACCCUCUGCCUCUCCACCUCAAUCCAUCCCAUCGGGCUGUCGAACACCUCUAAACGGUUCUCUCGUCCCAUCGCUGCUUCUUCUCUGAGCUCCCCACCGUCUCCGGAAUCAAAAUCAACGGCCCCAAAACAAACCGUAGUCUCCUCCUCCACUGAAACUUCACCAAACCAUUUUAAUGGUGCGUCCUCUAGACCCCCCGAGCCGGCGGGCUUCAACUACGCCCCUUCCAACGGCAACCCCUUUGUCCGGUUUGCCCGUUCCGCUGAGUCUUCCAUUGAAAGGACAAUAUUUGACUUCCGGUUUUUGGCACUGUUUGCUGUUGGAGGUUCGUUGGCUGGUUCGUUGUUGUGCUUUCUCAAUGGUUGUGUUUAUAUAAUGGAUGCGUAUAAAGUUUACUGGACUAGUUGUGUCAAAGGGAUUCACACUGGACGUAUGGUUCUACGACUUGUUGAAGCUAUCGAUGUUUACCUUGCUGGGACAGUCAUGCUAAUAUUUGGUAUGGGACUGUAUGGAUUAUUUAUCAGUAAUGUCCCUCAUGAUGUGCCUUCCAUUGAUGAUCGUGCUCUUAAGGGCUCUUCUUUGUUCGGAAUGUUUUCUCUGAAGGAAAGACCUAAAUGGAUGAAAAUUAGCUCACUUGAUGAACUGAAGACGAAGGUGGGACACGUCAUUGUCAUGAUUCUUCUGGUUAAGAUGUUUGAGAGGAGCAAGAUGGUACAGAUAACCACUGGUUUGGAUCUGUUGAGUUAUUCUGUCUGUAUUUUCCUGUCUUCAGCUUCUUUGUACAUCCUUCAUAAUCUGCACAGGGAAGGAUAAGGCUUUCAAACACAUUAAAUAUAGCGUAUAGUGUAUGUUAGCUUACACCUUCAAGUGAAUAUACGUCUUCCAAAUUGAAAUCAAAGUUUCGCUAUUUUGAUAUCGA